AUGGAGGGCGACACCCCAAAAGGAAGAGAGUCCAUCUCUCUCACGCCUGUGGCCAAUGGUCUGGAGAACAUGGGCGCUGAUCUCUUGGAAAGCCUGGAGGAAGGCUGGACCCCUGGCAACGAUUCGAGCCGUGCCGAGUGUGGGGACAGCUGGACGGAAGCCCGCUCGGAGCCCCUCCCGGGAUGGAGGAGCCUGCAGCCUGCCCUGAGGGAGCUCAGGACCUUCUGCCGGGAGCACGCACCGCUGUUUCGACGGAUCUGCACUGCGUUCGCUGCCUUCCUGCUGGUCGCCGGCCUCCUGGAUUUCCACAGGGCCCUGGCCCUGUUCAUCCUCACCUGUGCGGUCCUCGCCUUCGGGGCCCACAGCCUGCUGAGGAGGCUGCUGGGGCCCAGGCUGCUGAGGUGUUUCAAGCCUCUGGGCCAUUGCCGCCUGAGCCUCUGGUUUGAGAGGGCUCUGGCCCUCGCUGCUCUCCUGGGCCUGGUUUCGUGGCUGGUUCUGGACACUUCCCAGCAGCCGGAGCAACUAGUGUCCUUUGCAGGGAUCUGCGUGUUCAUCUGCCUCCUCUUCGCCUGCUCAAAGCACCACCGCGCAGUGUCCUGGAGGGCUGUGUCCUGGGGCCUCGGACUACAGUUUGCGCUUGGACUCUUCGUCAUCAGAACAGAGCCAGGAUUUGUCGCAUUCAGGUGGAUGGGCCACAAGGUCCAGACCUUCCUGAGCUACACGGAUGUGGGCUCCAGCUUCGUGUUUGGGGAGGCGAUGGUCAAGGGCGUCUUUGCCUUUCAGGUUCUGCCCAUCGUUAUUUUCUUCAGCUGUGUCAUGUCCGUCCUCUACUACGUGGGCCUCAUGCAGUGGGUGAUCCAGAAGAUCAGCUGGCUGAUGCAGGCCACCAUGGGCACGGCCGCCACGGAGACCCUGAGUGUGGCUGGAAACAUCUUCGUGAGCCAGACUGAGGCUCCUCUACUGAUCCGGCCCUACUUGGCAGACAUGACUCGCUCUGAAAUCCACGCCGUCAUGACCGGAGGCUACGCCACCAUCGCGGGCAGUCUGCUGGGCGCCUAUAUCUCCUUUGGGAUCGACGCCGCCUCCCUGAUUGCUGCCUCAGUCAUGGCCGCGCCCUGUGCGCUGGCGCUCUCCAAGCUGGUCUACCCUGAGGUGGAGGAGUCCAAGUUUAGGAACCCGGAAGGGGUGAAACUGACCUGAGGAGACGCUCAGAACCUCUUAGAAGCAGCCAGCAGCGGAGCCACUGUCUCCGUGAAGCUGGUUGCCAACAUCGGAGCCAACCUGAUCGCCUUCCUGGCGUUGCUGGCCUUCAUCAACGCGGCCCUGUCCUGGCUGGGAGCCCUGGUGGGCGUCCCGCAGCUCAGUUUCGAGCUCAUCUGCUCCUACAUCCUGCGGCCUGUGGCCUUCUUACUGGGCGUGGCCCGGGAGGACUGCCCGGUGGUGGCGGAGCUGCUGGGCAUCAAGCUCUUCCUGAACGAGUUCGUGGCCUAUCAGGGGCUCUCCCAGUACAAGCAGCGCCGCCUGGCCGGAGCUGAGGAGUGGGUCGGCUCCAAGAAGCAGUGGAUCUCCGUCAGAGCAGAAAUCCUCACGACGUUCGCCCUCUGUGGAUUUGCCAACUUCAGUUCCAUUGGGAUCAUGCUGGGAGGCCUGACGUCCAUGGCCCCCCAGCGGAAGGGCGACUUCUCCCAGACAGUGCUCCGGGCGCUCUGCACGGGCACCUGCGUGUCCCUGGUGAAUGCCUGCGUGGCUGGGAUCCUGUAUGUGCCCAGGGGGGCCGAAGUUGACUGCACGACCCUCUUGAACGCAACCCUCAGCAGCGGCAGCUUUGAGGCGCUCCAGUGCUGCCGCAGCGCCUUCCAGAGCACCCGCGCAGAAGUCAGCCCCAGGGCCCUGGACACCUGCUGCCGACUCUACAACCGCACGAUGUGUGCGUAGCGGGGCCAGCACGUCUUCGGCCCUCGAAGGGCCGUCCUUCCCCAUGAAGCACCUGCCCCCGGGCCUCUCCUGGAGGAGAGGAGUCACAGUUGGAAGGGAGUGAUGGGGCGAGGGGGCGGAGACUGGAUGGUGUGGAGGUGAAGGAUGCCCCCCAGGCCUUGCCCCCUUCCUGCCCCCUCCCGAAGUGUGGAUUCUUGGGGUCACCUCUGCCUCCUCUUCUCUCCCCUCCACAUCCAAGCAGCACCCUGGUCUCCGUCUCCCCACCUGGCGUCUCUCACCUGCUUCUGUUACGGGGUCCCUCCCCUGGGGCUUUGCAGCCCCCUUCCUCUUCCUCCCCUGGGUGGUGAAUCUUGCCUCUGCAGACAGGUUCUCCUGGGAACCCCUGCCUCGACUUUCAAACACACCCCACUGCCAUUGCCAAGAGCACUUCCCAAAUGGGUGGCCCGUGGAACACAGCCCACAGGGUGUUCAGGAGAUGCCUGGAUCCACCAGGCGUGGAAAACAAGGGGCUGAAUAAAGUC